AUGGCAGUCACUAUUCCCGCUGGCGACGCGUACCGCCCGCGCAGUUACCAGGUUGAGAUGUUCGAGGCGAGUUUGAAGGAGAAUAUUAUUGUUACGAUGGGGACAGGAAGUGGGAAGACGCAUAUUGCGUUGUUGAGGAUAAUGAGGGAGUUGGAAGGGAAUCCGAAUAAGUUAAUAUGGUUCUUAACGCCAACUGUCGCACUAUGUUUGCAACAGUUCAAGAUCAUCUCGGAGGGGAUCCCGGCGGUAAGAUCUAGGACGCUUACAAGUUUAGAUAAGGUUGAGUUAUGGAGGGAGAAGGCGAUUUGGGAUGCCAUUUUGAAGGAUAUGCAGGUGGUGGUGUCAACGCAUGCAGUGCUUGCGGAUGCGAUGAGUCAUGGGUUUGUGAAGAUUACGCAGUUGGGGUUGAUGAUUUUUGAUGAAGCCCAUCAUUGCAUGCGACGGCACCCGGCAAACAAAAUCAUGCAGGACUUUUAUCAUCCGGCGCUGGAGAGGUAUGGCUCGGAGGCGGUUCCUAAGAUCUUAGGUCUUACAGCGAGUCCGGUGGUGAGGUCGACUCGGCAGGAGUUGCUGAAGAUCGAAUCCAAUCUUGAUGCAGUAUGCAAGACGCCUCGGGUGCAUCGGUCGGAGUUGCUUACGCAUACCCAUCGACCGCAUUUGCAGCAGAUUGUGUUUACCUCAGUCCAGCUGGAUGACCCGCAAGCGGGGAGUGAGACGCUGAGAGCGCUUGUGAGGGCGUGGAAUUCUCUAAGUAUUGAAGACGAUCCUUAUAUCAAAAAGUUGAGAAGAAGUCCCCUGGAUGGAAGGGCGUUGCAGAGAGCGCUUUCAUCGGAAAAGACCUACUGCAAUGAGCAGUUGAAACGAUUUGUCUCCAGGAGCAUACACAUUUUCGAAGAGCUCGGUGAAUGGGCUGCAGACUAUUUUAUCCAGGCAUCUGCUGAGCAACUCAAAGCCAGAGCCAAAGAUUCUGUGAAUACGUCCGGCUGGACCGACGAGGAAAAGGCCUAUCUAUUGGAUAUUGUGUCUAGGUUACCUGCUCCGAACAUCAAUCUUACUUCCUCGAAUCCAAGUGAUUUCCGGGUAUCUGCGAAAUUCGAGUCCCUGCUGGCCUUUCUGGAUGCAAAGGGAGAGCCGCAGUUUUCGGGUCUGAUUUUUGCUAAACAGAGGGCCACGGUGAGUGUAAUGGAAAAGUUGCUCUCAGUCCAUCCUUUGACGAGGAACCGAUUUCGAUGCGCUGCCUACGUUGGCUGGUCCGGGGGUGGCAGCAAAGAUGUUUUGGGGGAGCUUCUGGAUGCCCGAAUGCAACGUGAUACGCUGAGCGAGUUCCGGACGGGUCAAAAAAACUUGAUAGUUGCGACUGAUGUGUUGGAGGAGGGUAUCGAUAUUAGUGCUUGCAGUGUGGUGGUUUGCUAUGACAAGCCGCCGAACUUGAAGUCGUUUGUGCAACGAAGAGGGCGAGCGCGACAUAGGGAGUCCACUUAUGCUAUUAUGUUUGCUGCGGAUGAUGAAUCUUCGGAGCUUAGCAAGUGGCAGGACUUGGAAAAGGCCAUGAUUGAGGCCUAUGAGGACGAUGAAAGGCGGCUGCGUGAGGCGUGGGCCCUGGAAUCACUCAAUGAAGAGGUGGCAGACCGGUUUGAGGUAGAGUCUACUGGUGCUGUCUUGACCGCAGACACCGCGGUCGCCCACCUGAACCAUUUUUGCGCUAUUCUGCCCUGUCAACCGUAUGUGGAGAAUGACGCUGAAUACUCCUUCGAGAAGGAUGACGCAGAUCUUCUGAGAGGAACUGUCAUGCUACCGUCCUGCGUACAUCCUGCAGUCCGUCGUACCCAGGGCCAACGAUGGUGGAAAACCGAGCGAGCAGCCAGGAAAGAAGCAGCUUUCCAGACGUACAAGGCGCUGUACGAGUUUGGUCUUUUGAGUGAUCAUCUUCUCCCGUUCAAGAGAAACAUAGAGCUCAAGGCCAGCGAUUUUAGCAGUCUACCGGCACUGAUAGAAGUAUGGGAACAAUAUGAUCCCUGGGUCGAUUGGGCUUGUUCGUGGUCGUCGCCCGAUGUCCAUCAAACAAGGCUUGCUGUACAGCUCAAUGGAAACACUCGCAUGUUCAUGAGGCUGACCACUCCAGUGGGCCUGCCGCCUGUUGAACCCAUGACCUUGUUUUGGGAUAGCGAGACAAUAUUCACACUGGCCUUUGACACAGCGGAACGAGUGACGGGGAUCGCAGCUGAGAGUAUUGACCACAUGAGACUGGCCACCGCGCUGUAUCUUCAGGCGACCAGUUCUCGACAAGUGGGCUCUGAUCAAGAUUAUGUGACCCUAUUCGCACCCGACCUUCCUCACCUUGAACUAUCCGGAUGGCUUGACCAAUACGCGGGAUACGAUUCAGCGCUAGACGUCUACACCCGCAAAGACUUUCCUGCGAUCAUGGGGAUAGUGCGCGAUCGCUCGCGUUAUAGCGAGCCGAUGCUCUUCCGACGGUGGGUGGUAUCGGGAGAGGAAGAUACGGCUGUAGUCGAGUUGGAAUGCGAUCCCGUUCCUCGUCGACGCAACCUUUUGCAGCGGCAAACGUUGGCUACCAAGCAGGCAGAUGCCGAGGCUUCUGAACCAUCCUCAAAAAUGCGUGUCAUUCUUGCAGACAGGUGUACCAUAGACAGGCUUUCAUACUCCGAGACCAUUUUCGGCCGCUUCAUAUCGGCUAUCAUCGAUAGACUAGAAGCAACGUUGGUUGCCACCCGAUUAUGCGAGACAAUUCUGAAGAAUAUCAAGUUCUCAACGAUUCGCCAUGUUAUUACCGCUAUUACUGCGCCAUCUGCGCAAUCCCCUACCAACUACCAACGAUACGAAUUCUUUGGGGAUUCGGUUCUCAAAUUUACAGUCUCCUGUCAGCUCUUCUUCCAGCACCCGAACUGGCACGAGGGGUAUCUUUCUGAAGGAAGAGACGAGAUCGUCCAGAACCCUCGCCUUGCCCGAGCCGCUCUUGACGCUGGGUUGGAUGCAUUUAUCAUGACGAAAAUGUUCACACCCCGAAAAUGGAAUGCACCGCUGAUAUCUGAGAAGAUUAGCGUUACCCCCCGUCGACGGAUGAUGUCAAUGAAGGUGUUGGCAGAUGUCGUGGAGGCGCUCAUAGGAGCUGCCUACAUUGACGGUGGCUUUGCUGCGGCACACGAGUGCAUUUGUCGCUUCUUGCCAGAAGUGAAUCUCGAGCACAUCCACAAGACCGAGAACCUAGUUCCCAAAGGCGAUGUUACCAAUCACACUUUGAAUGAUGAAAAGCUGAUGGAGCGGAUCGGAUACACAUUCACGGACCCAUCCUUCCUCGUCGAAGCGCUCACCCACCCAUCCUGUCAAUUCGACGCAACAACACAGUCCUAUCAGCGUCUCGAAUUCCUCGGCGAUGCUGUCCUGGACAUGGUCAUCAUGUCUACCCUGCUCGAUCACCCCACCGAGAUCACCCAAGGGGACAUGACCAAGAUCAAGCAUGCCGUCGUCAACGCAAACCUCCUGGCCUUUUUCUGCAUGGAAUUCACCCUGGUGGAGGAACGCACCAAUAUCGGGAUUGCCUCCACUGGCGGCAUCACCCUCGAAUCGUCCUCGGAGCAGGUCGAACUCUGGCGCUUCAUGCGAUACCAAGGCCAGCACCUGACCACCGCCCGCGACCUCACCAUCACCCGCCACCGCGCCCUCCGCGCCUCCAUCAUCCACGACCUCGAACACUCCCCGAUCUACCCCUGGCAGACACUAUCGCAGCUCAGCGCCGACAAAUUCUUCUCCGACCUGAUUGAAAGCAUCCUGGGGGCCAUCUUCAUCGACUCUCGCGGCAACCUCGCCGAAUGCAUCAAGUUUGUCGAGCGAAUCGGACUCCUCUGGUACCUCCGUCGGAUCCUCACGGACGGGGUAAACGUCAUACAUCCCCGCAAUACUGCCCAGCAGAUGGCCAAGGGGGAUAUUCAAUUCGAGGCCAAGCGUGUGCCCAAUGAACAAGACGAUGGGGCGACGUAUCGGUGUGCGGUGAAGAUGGCGGGGGUGGAGGGAGUAGCUGUGCUGGUGGAAGGCUGUUUGACGAGCGAGGAGGCGGAGAUUACAGCUUCCAAUCAGGCGGUGGAGAUUCUCACCCAGAGGGGGUAUUCAUUGUGAGGAUGCAUGUGAUGUGGGAAUUGCGCUUUGAAAUCUACUGUAUUGAAUUUAGCGAGGUGGAUGGAGAUAAGAAUGGCUGGUUUUGUUUGGAUGAGUGAUGAUGUGAUGAAUUAUGCUUGCAUCUUGCAGCCCAUGAUCUGUCUAGUCUAAUUUGUGUGUACUUUCCAAUAGCAUGUCCAAGAGAG